GGAAGGUGUAUUUACGCUCGAAAGGCGGGGAAGUGCGUUGAUAACCGGACGGGUGAAGGGGUGGCGGAUUUCACGCGCGUUCUCCGUGACGUUAGUACUAGACUUCGGUGGAAAAGUCGGUAAAAUUCCACGACCUUGAAGGCGACUUUAAAGGCACCAGGUGAGGGCAAAGAUGAGUGUCAGAUCACCGCCGACUGGCUGAUGUCCAACACGCAGAUGCGGCCGACCAUCGGCAUCGUGUGCGGCUCCGGUCUGGGGGGUCUGGCUGACCUACUCAAGGAUCGCCAGGUCUUCAAGUACGCCGACAUCCCCAACUUCCCUCAAAGCACAGUGCUUGGUCACGCUGGUCAGCUGGUUUUUGGAACACUAAAGGGGAAGGUGUGUGUUUGCAUGCAGGGCAGGUGUCACCUGUACGAGGGCUACCCCGUCCAGAAGAUCACGAUGCCCAUGCGUGUGUUCAAGCUGUUGGGAGUGGAGACAGUCAUCCUGACCAACGCGGCUGGAGGGCUCAACCGGGACUACAAGGUGGGCGACGUCAUGAUCAUCAAAGACCACAUCAACAUGCCGGGCUUUGCAGGAGUCAACCCUCUGGUCGGACGCAACAAUGACAGGUUCGGCGUUCGCUUUCCCUGCAUGUCCGACGCCUACGACCGCGAGCUGUGUAAGCUGGCGCACGACGUGGCGGCAGAGCUGAACUUCAGCGACUUUGUGCAUGAGGGGGUCUACUGUGUCCUAGCGGGGCCCUCUUUCGAAACCAUCGCCGAGUGCCGCAUGCUGCUGAAGCUCGGGGCCGACGCUGUGGGCAUGAGCACGGUGCACGAGGUGAUCACGGCCCGCCAUGCCGGUAUGCGCUGCUUCGCCAUGUCGCUCAUCACCAACAUGUCGGUGUUGGACUACGACAGCCAGCAGAAGGCCAACCACGCGGAGGUGCUGGAGACGGGCCGGCAGCGGGCCGUGCAGAUGGAGAAUCUGGUGAGCACCUUGGUGGGCCGACUGGAGCAGGGCUGCAACGACAAGGCGAUGUGAGGACCAGCCUCACUACUUUUUCAAUCAGCUAACACGCACGCGCGCACCUCUUCCCCAGUAUGGAUGAAACUUCAUAAAAAGUGUGUAAUGUUUCACUCCAAAAGCACUGCUUUCAAUUUUUUAAUUUGACUUAAAAUGCUGUACUCUUUAUGCUGCAGUCCAAAAAAAUCACAGAAGGAUUUUCUUUUUAAUCCUUUUACGUCAGGGACCAAUUUUUUACUUUUUUUUUUCUUUCAGAUUAAUUAAUUUGGUGCGGUGUAAAAAAAUUAAAAAAAAAAAGGUACAGAAUGUAUAUAGAAAAUGUUUUUAAAUAGAGUUAGCUCUAGUAAAAUGUGAAAAAAGAAAUAGAUUUAUAGCGCUUACCGGCUUCAAAAGUCUUUAUCGCUGAUUUACAAAACUCAGCUGGUCUACUUUUGCAAUAAAAUGCUGAUCAAGGA